CGGAGCGGCGCAUCCCUCUCGCCCGCAGCCACAGCGGCAGGAGCAGCACCAGCAUCGCGGCGGGACAGCAUCAGAUGGGCAUGGGGACGGCGCUGGCGGCGCGGUUCGGCCUGGGGCUCCUGCUCCUAGCCCUCCUCCUUCCCACGCAGAUCUGUGGAAACAAUGGAACAAGUCCAACACCUUCAAACAAUUCUUCAGCAAGUUCCACUUCUCUGUCAGCUGUCACAAAUUCAGUGAACAAUACCACCACUCACGGACAUGGAAAUUCUCUUCACUCAACCACAAGUCUUUUUUUCAUUCUCUCCGUUUCUCUUCUGUAUUUUUGCUGUUAAGAGACUCUGGCAUGGAAAUGGCUACCACUCCCCACCCUGUUUCCUGACCCACCUGAGAUGGCUAGAUCUCCAACCCAGCAUGAGAAGAAAUCAAUCCAAACUCUACAUCAAACCAGCUUGGUUCCACUCCAUACUCAAAUUAGUACCAGUCUGACCUAGAGAAGCACUCAGUAUUCUGACUUUCAAAACCGACCAGUGUGAAAAGACCAGCUUCAGCAAGGAGGUAAAAUUAAGAGCUCUUUCACCAAAUGAGUUGGAAUCUGAAAAACAAGAUGGAAGCAAAAAGAGACAGUACUGACAAACCCAAUUUAAAGCUGAGAAGAAAAACUGUAUCUUAUAAUAAGGAUGGAUAAUAACACUCCAUGAAGAAAAAAUGCUAGAGAGUUAAUCUACCAUUUAGAAUAAGGACUUCAAGAAUUUUUAUUUUUUGUUUAAGUUCAAAAACAUCGACAGGCUCAUACAACCCCUAGAAAACACAGAAAAGCUCAAAUAAUUCUGUUUCUUGCACAGCCUGCAUGAUUAUAACUUAUGGGUAUUAGGAUGUAUGAAAAAGAAACAUCAGUGAAAAGGAUUUCUUCUAGAAUUCAUUUGUAUGAAAUGAUUACAAGGCUAAAAUAGAAUAACAAACUUUUGUAAGAAUCCUCUUAUUUAACGCCUGAUCCCUAACCAAAUGGUUAGCCAGGCAGGGCUAGUUUUGAAAUAGCUAAAACCCCACCAGUUUUCAUAAGAGUGGAAUGAUUUAUGGUGGGAAUUUGAAUUUGACAUUUUAUUUAAAUUGUUUGUAUAUUAAACCAAAUGUGCCAGAGAAAGGAGUUGUGGAAACAUUAGAAAAAGUACCAGGAGCUUUUUGUAAGUGAAAUUCAGAAAAGAACAAAAACCAAAAAAGUCAAUGGAUGUAUGUCUCCUCUUUCCUUUAUUUCUCCUCCCAAGUUCUACAAGUUGUAUAAGAUUUUUUUUGCUCCUGGAACUUUCCUUAAUUAUGAAGGAUUUAUGAAAUCUUCUGAGUAAUGUUA